AUGAACAAUAUUCAGGAUAAUAUUGAUGAUUUAGAAACUGACAAUGAAACUGACAUUGAUGAUAAUAACAGUAGCGAAAUAAGACCUUCUUCAAAAGGCAAUAAAACUACUGGUUUACCAAAAAAAAGGAAAAGACGCAGACUCAAAGCUGAAAAAAAAAAAAAAUGUGAGACCAAAUAUGAUCGUACUAAUUCAAAUUCAACAUCAUCAAUGAAUUAUCACAUUAUACAAGAACAUGACAUAGUUCUCGAAAGUCUGGCUAAAAAGGCAGAGAAAAAAGGAAGAUUACGCUUGAACAAGUUAUAG